CUCGUGCCUACUUUACUGCACAGUGCAUACCCGGCCAUGAGGUGGUGAGUUUGACCUCACCGACCUCAUUCACCUCCCUGACGCCAGCAUUGAUUUCGAUAAUACCUAUAUUUUAAUUGAACCACGACUGCAGAAAUCUCGCACCAACUGGAAGGUACACUAGUACAUGUACUCGAGUACUCCCCUCACCAUGGCGACCGUCGAACACUGCCUCUUCUGUUUCGAGGCCUUAUCGGCCAAUCUCGAGAAGCGAACCCCCAUGACCCUCUCCCAAGUCCAAUCAUCAUGGAAUUCUUAUCCCAACGGUCUCGAGGAAGAGGAGGCACUAUCAUCGGCACAGGAUGGCGAUGUUGAGGCCGUAGCCCGCCUGGCCCCCCGCAAUCCAGCCUUACAACGUCUUGCGGAGAGUCGAAACAGCGCCAUUUCAAGCGGAAGCUCCACUCCUGCUAGCAACAGUAGUGGCAGUAGCAGCAAUACUUUCGCAAAUGAAAGCGCAAUCACCACGCCCGGAACAUCCACAGACAGCUUCUCCCCGGUAGGACUGAACCCGCGAAAGACGAGACAACGAGGCAAUGAAAUUACCGAAAGUCCUCUGUUUGUAGGCACCCCUUCUCCCCUCAUGUCAACUCCUUCGGCAGAUAUACACACACAAAAGACUAACCAGAUUUAAACAGGUAACAUGGAAUACCAUCUCCCCUCUAACCCCAUCAUCCCACCGUUCCCUCCGCGGCUGCAUCGGAACCUUCUCCACCCUACCUCUCAGUACCGGUCUCUCCUCCUACUCCCUAACCUCCGCUCUCCAAGAUCACCGCUUCCCACCCAUCACCCUCCGUGAACUCCCUACCCUCGAAGUCUCCGUAACACUGCUCACGGACUUCGAGCCCUGCAAUGACGCAAUGGACUGGGAACUCGGCAUCCACGGACUACGAAUAACCUUCUAUGCCAAGGGGAGGAAUUACGGGGCUUGCUAUCUGCCGGAUGUGGCGGUAGAACAAGGCUGGGAUAAGGAGGAGACGAUAGUGAGUUUGAUGCGGAAGGCUGGGUGGGGUGGACGGCGAGAGAAGUGGAGGGACGUUGCGGAUUUGGAGUGUGAGAGGUUCCAGGGGAAGGCUGAGAGUGUGGGUUAUGAGGAUUAUAAAGAGUGGAAGGAGUGGGCUGAGAAGUAGGGGAGGUAAUGGAUUAUGGUGUUGAAGGUAGAUGGAGUUAUGAGAUGGGAUGUAUGGAUGGGCAGGCGUUUAGGGGCUCUGCCUUUUGAUAUAGAGGGCCAUCUUAGGCCUGAACUAAUUAGGGGUGCAUAUGUUGCGUUAGAGCUUUUGCCACUAUUUCG